AUGCGAAUCAUAAAGCAUGAAUCAAAUGACACUCCUUAUGCCAUCACUGCAUUGCUAGUAGAUGGUGUCACUCCAACCAGGCGUUUGGAGCAUCAUAUGUUUGAAUCAAUAGGCAUUCGAACAGAGCCUGCAAAUAGUGCUGAAGAAGCAAUGCAAAUUUUGUCGACUGGUGUCAACUUUGACUUCAUAUUUGUUGAUUUUGAUUUGCCGAUUACCAAUGGACCUCAGCUGAUGAGACAGAUACGUGCAAUGGGGAUUCGGAGCAAGAUGGUGGGGAUGUUAGAAAAUUACAUUAAUAAUCAAAAUCUGCAAAUGUUUCAACAAGCAAGAGCUGAUGCCUGCAUUACAAAACCCUUCAACCAAGAAAGCUUACAACACAUGAUUGGAAUCCUUCAACGCAUCUUAUGAAUGUAAUGUUGAAAUGUUAUGCUUAUG